AUGCAUGAAGUCCAGUUGUACGACGCCAUUAAGUCUAUAUGGAAACCACCAGCGAAUUAUCUAUUCCCAAAGUCAUCUAUGUUCAAUUAUCAGAGGUCUUUCCAACAUAAAUGGCUAGACACAUAUAAGUGGUUGGCAUACUCAAAAGAUGAAGAUGGUGCCUACUGUAGACCUUGCAUCUUUUUCGGUACACACGAUCAGCAAAAAUCUGGUAAGAAUCUUGAAAGAUUACUUUCCGAACCAUUGAAGAACUGGAAUGUAGCUGGAAACAAAUUCAUCGAACAUGAAAUGCUGGCAGAUGAGGCGCAAGAUGCUAGCAAUAAAGAACAGAUGGCUUUGAUAAUACGGUAUGUCAAUGUAGAUGGAGUGAUACAGGAGGAUUUCCUUCGAUUUGUUCACUGUGCUGAUGGUAAAACUGGUGAGAACAUUGCCAAUAAUAUCAAGAAAACUAACAUCAGAAACAUGCUAGAUGACCUAGGAGAUCUCAGAAUGUUUUCCAAUUCUCCGAAGAGACAAGAGCUCCUAACUGCAACAAUUCAUGAAGUCUGUCAAGAGAAUAAUGCGUUCUAG